AAUGGCUGUCUACUGUCACUUCCUUUCUCACUCCUACUCACUCAAGUCCUUCUGCGUCAACAAGACUUCAUCUCCGCCAAUUGAAUCUCUGACUGUCAUUUCUUUCUAUCCAGACAUGGACAGGGAGGCUAAUCUGCCGGUCCCGCCGCCACUCGCAUCCAAAAGUCUGGUCCGUCCAAUAACAAACUUGGAGACGACAUCGUCUUCAUUCUCUUCAUCAUCCAGUCCGCCGGACUUCCUCCGGCAUGUUCAAGCCGCCUUCAAGCGUCACCGUCCUCUAGGUACAAUGCAGUCAAAUAGUAUAAUGCCUAAGCGUGGUUUAGUUCCUAAACGCGAAGCAUCAAGAAACUUGGGUUCAAAUGUGGGUCCUUGUGUAGACACAAAGAAAAUCCAAGAUGUGGUUCGAUUCAGUCAGGAUCAUGCCAUGAAGGAUUCAAUUGUGAAGGCAAAGAAUGCAGCUGCAGCAGCUUCUGUUGGGGAAACUCAAGAAUGUGCAUCUAUUACACCACCUUCAUUUUCUGUCACUAUCACCAAUACGUUUGAUGAAAACUUUAACCUAUUUGAUGCACAGAGAGGUUGUCCUGAAGCUGUUACAGGUUGUAAAGAAAUUCAUCCAUCCUGUAAAGUGUCUCAACAUGAUGAAGGUCAGAGAGAAGUUCAGUUUUCAGUUGGAAAAAAUGCCAGUUGCCAGGAAAUGGAAUGGGAUGGAAGAAAUCGAGUAGAAGCAUCAACUGUUGUGAAUAAUGAUUCCAAGUACCAGAACUUUCGGAACACAGAAUCUGAUACAAGUUUGAAGCCUGAUGGUGGAAUUUCUUCUUCAGUGGCAACGAGAACAACGGUUAUCCAGGAUCAGCUUCACCAAUUUAGAAACUUUCUAAGUCAGCCUGCUACUCAAUUUUCUGUUGUAGGCUCAUCAAGUGCCACCUCAACAUCAAUCCAUUCUACUUCAGCACCCAUGCUGAAUUCAACAACCUAUUGCUCUCGUUAUCAAGGUGGCAAUGCUCAUGGCGCUGGAGAACCUCGGGGAGAUUGCAGUAUGAAUUCUGAGCCAGUAAAUCAAGGAGAUAUGAUGCAUCCUUCAUGUCCUUCACAUAAAGAUAUCAAUAGAAUUCAAGUUGAUCAGACGGCAACCAGUGCCCAGGUUUCUACCUCUGUAAUUGACACCAGAGUUGAAGUUCAGGAACAUCGAUUUUCGAAGGAGCAACAAGGCAAUGUGAUAAAGGAAAGUUGUAUACCAAAGGAUUCUUCUCUGCAUGUUGAUAAGUCAACAGAAGGGGGUCAACUUGCAGGCCAUGUUACUGAUGUAAAAUCUCAGGCUCCAUUCUCCAAAUGCUCAUCAUCUGAUGUGAAUUUAGAGACAUUUAAACCUGAAAAGCAAGAAAAGCCUGCUAGCGGUAAAGGAGUGUCUGCACCUCGUAAACGGAAUUAUGACCUUGACUUGUUCUUUAAAGUCAAUGGAAAGCUCUAUCAAAGGCUUGGUAAGAUAGGUUGUGGAGGAAGCAGUGAGGUUCACAAAGUCAUUUCAUCAGACUGUACAAUCUAUGCACUUAAGAGAAUCAAGCUUAAAGGUCGUGAUUAUGCUACCGCAUAUGGGUUUUGUCAGGAAAUUGAGUAUUUAAACAAGUUGAGGGGAAAGAACAAUAUUAUACAGCUAAUAGACUAUGAGGUGACAGAUAAAUCAUUGCUUCGAGAAGUCUUGAAUGGCUCCAUGAGCAACAAAGAUGGCAGAGUCAAGGAUGAUGAAUAUAUAUACAUGGUACUAGAGUAUGGGGAAAUUGAUUUGGCUCAUAUGCUCUCCCAGAAAUGGAAGGAAAUGGAUGGCUCCAAUCAGACCAUAGAUGAGAACUGGCUUCGAUUUUACUGGCAGCAAAUACUUGAAGCUGUGAACACCAUUCAUGAGGAACGCAUUGUGCACUCUGAUUUGAAGCCAGCGAAUUUCCUUCUUGUCAAAGGUUUUUUGAAGCUUAUUGAUUUUGGUAUUGCGAAAGCCAUCAAUAGUGAUACGACAAACAUCCAAAGGGAUUCACAGGUGGGUACCCUGAGCUACAUGUCACCUGAAGCAUUCAUGUGCAAUGAAAGUGACUCCAAUGGAAACGUGAUAAAAUGUGGCCGGCCAUCAGAUAUAUGGUCUCUUGGUUGCAUCCUUUACCAAAUGGUAUAUGGGAGGACACCCUUUUCGGAUUAUAAAACCUUCUGGACCAAGUUUAAAGUCAUCACAGAUCCUAAACAUGAAAUAACAUAUGAACCAGUUUCCAAUCCAUGGCUUCUUCAUCUUAUGAAGAAGUGUCUUGCCUGGGACCGCCAUGAAAGGUGGAGGAUUCCUCAGCUACUUCAACAUCCUUUCCUUGUUCCCCCAAUCCCAUCCCAAACAUCGCCAUCUCAACACCAAAUCUGUAAGCUGCUUCAACUUCUAGCCGAAUCUUGUGCCAGUGACCAGGAAGCUUCGAUGUUAUGCCGGCAGCUUAGUCAACUACUUAAAUCUCAGUUAUCAACAUCAAGAGACCAACAAUGUAAGUUGCUUUCUCGAAUGUCAAAGCUUUGCGUUGAGCUCCAGAAACGUUUAUCAUAUGAAUGAAGAUAUUGGACAGGGAUAAAAGUGUAAAUUAAUUGUUUAGAUUGUUUUAGUCAGGCUAAGUCAUUUUUCAGGCUAGAAGGAUUGUCUCCCGCCUGAUCAUUCGUGUUUUGUUCCAUACCUAUGUAAUAAGUAUAAGGUCAAAGGACUAUUUUUCA